CAGUCCUGAGGACAUCACAGCGUGUUCAUCAUUGUAUGGUGGUUCCAUGACUGGAGGGCAUGCUCCGACCAUGUCACGGCUCGACGCUGUUGUGCGUGUGCUGCGAGCGACAGGCAAGGCGUUGCACUACGACAUCCUUACCCGCCAGGCGUUGAAGUUGGGCCUCAUAAAGUUCACUGGGUCUCAGGGAACUGCAGGAGAGUCGAUGAAGGCCUUCUUGAAUAAGACCAUCCGUGAAAACAAGACUGCAGCCAUUGUGAACCUGGGCAAGGGCGUCUACGGCCUCAAGGAGUGGGAGUCACUUCCUGGAUCUUCUGCUCACACAGCUGACACCGAUAGGGCACAGAUCAGUUCCGGAAUCAGCAACUUCAAUCCCACUGAGCCAGUCAGUGUUGCUUGUCAAUCUGCCGCUAUCGCCGACAGUAGGCAAGCUCCUCAAACCCCUGUCUUGUCAACCAAGGCCUCGCCAGUUCUUCACUGUGGAAUGGCUCAAUCUUCGCUUACAAUGCCCGAGGACAAUGUCAGCAAGAGCAGGAUCGCCUCAUUACUGAACUAAGUUCUUUGUUUGAAAUCUUUUCCUAUCUUAUCACUUUUCAACGCCAUAUUUGGCGUUUCGGCGGUUUGACAACGAAUUGAGUGUGAUUGUGUAUUAGAAUUUGUACGAUAAUUACAUGGAGUGCUUUUAAGACAUUAAAGUUACGCAGAGUGA